CAAAGAUACUUAAAGAUGAUCUUCGAUUUACUGGUUCAACGGGAGACGUAAUUAAUAUUGAAAUCCCAAUUUACAGCAACCCCGUACUUGACACUAUAGAAAUUACAAGAUAUGAUGGUCAGUCUAUUUCUAGUGACAUGUUUACUGUCAUGGAUGAUUCUGUGGAGAAAAAUUUUUAUGGCAAAGAUGUCAUUCUACAAGGAUAUGCAAUUUAUCUCACGUUGAAUGAUACAAAGGAAGACGAUUUCGGAAAUUAUUCAUUCAAAAUCACAAUUGCUCUUGAUACAACACAAGCUUUUGUUCAUGUGAUAGCAGAAGGUCCACCAUUUCCACCUAAAUUCUUACAGUUCCUGUCGGAAAAUAAUAAACUGAAAUUUGUUUGGCAAAAAGACUUCAAUGGAGGACUUCAACAAUAUUUUAUUAUACAAACAUCGAUUGUGGGUAGAGGCACAUGGACAAAUAUGUUAAAUGUUAGCGAGAUAGACAGUAAAUAUAGAGUUAACAGUAUAUUUUAUACUGCAAAUAUAACGGGUCUUUCACCAGGAAAAUAUACUGCUCGAAUAUUUUCUCUCAAUUCAAAAGGAGGAUCUGAACACGUAGUUUUAGCAACUACAUUUGAUGUUGUCUUAGAAACAGAAUUUGAGGGUGACAAACCAGAUGAUAGAACUGGAGUUAUAGCGGCUGUGAUUAUUUCAGUCGUACUUAUUGGUUCCGCUAUUUGCAUCGGGAUUUUCAUUUGGAAGAAAAGAAAAACAGCAAAAGAACAAGCUACGCAAAAUUUAUAUGAAUCAACAGCUCAGUUGGAUUCAACAUCGAAUGUACAAUAUGAAGACCUGCAUGGUUUAACGGAUGCAAACAAAUCAGAAACCUAUGACCGACCGUUUAGAUAUAACAAAAGACGAUGCCCAAUUUCAAGCCACCUCAACCACCGAAAAUGUCAUAGCCCUUCAAACGUACGAUACCAGUGACAAUGUGAACAUGUACAAAAACCUGAAAAUUGGGAGCUCAAAGAUGAAUUAGUAGAGUUAUUAAUGAACAAAUGUUCUGUUGAAAAUAAUUAAUUUCGUCUUUGAUAGUAAAGCUUCAUCCUGCGGUUCAUUAAGGACUGAAGUUUUCUAUAUACCGCCGCUAUUAUGUUGCAAUUAUAUUAAGUAAUAUGUGUUUAUUCAUAAACACAUAUAUAUUUCUGUACAAAUAUGCACAGUGUUGUCAUCACUUGAUUAUGGGUCGUCGUCUGUGGCUCUUGUCAGUUUCCCGUUCGUGCCUGAAAUAAUGCACUGGUGGCACACCAGUAAAGAUAGAAUCGACAAAUAAGACCAUUACUGUCUUAGUGCGACGUAUGGUCCAACUAAAAACUCAUUGUUGAUGCUUGGUAAACAAUUUACCUGUUUACAUGACUGUUAAAAUCAUUAUAUUCAUAUCAUACGAAAAUUAUACGUAUUAAUCUCGUAAAAAUGAAAUAAGUUAUGUAAUUAUGUUUUAUUUUCAUUACCCAAAUACCAUAAUUUACAAUUAUAUCAAAUAAAGAUGAUUAUA